CCAUCCCUCUUCUUAUAGAUCACACUCAAAAUGAAUGUCUUAUCUCUGCCCACUGAAGAGGAAAUCAAAGUUACUGUCUGAGACAUGGAUCCUAAUUCCUCUCCUGGUCCAGAUGGUUUCAACAUCAACUUUUUCAAGCAAUGCUGGGAUAUUUUCAAAGACGAUUUAACUUCUGCUUGCCAAGAGGUCUUCCUUGGAAUUCCUCUUCCCAAGGCAGCAAGUUCAUCUAAUAUUUGCAUGCUUCCUAAAACUGAUAAUGCAAUGAGACUCAAUGAUUUUAGACCAGUUUGCCUAUCUACUCUGGCCUCAAAGAUUGCCUCUAAAUGCAUUGUUAAUAGGCUUGGAAAGCUCCUUCAUCUAAUUAUUUCUGAAGAACAAGGGGCUUAUGUUCCAGGAAGGGAGAUUAUGGACCAAAUUCUUAUCACUAAGGAGUUGGUUCAUCACAUCAAUAGGAAAGCUCAUGGUGGAAACCUUAUCGUCAAACUUGACAUCGCCAAAGCUUUUGAUAAGCUUAAAUGGUCAUACCUGAUGGACAUCCUCAAGGCUUUUGGCUUCUCUCCUCAAUUCAUCCGCAUGGCCAACAUUAUUGAUUCCCCAGUCUGGAAGAGAAUCUUCAGCAUUGAUGAAUCUACCAUUGACACUUGUUCUGUCUCUGAUGAUGGCAUGAUGCACUGGAAGCUUGAUCCUAGUGGCUCUUUCACCUUCAAAUCAGCAUAUGAAUUCUGUAGAGCAGGUUCAACCCCCAGGGCCUCUUUUAAAUACCUUUGGGAAUCCCCCCAAAACCCAAAAAUCUGCAUCUUCACUUGGAAACUAUUCCAGCACUGUAUUCCUAGUCCUGAGAAUCUGCAGAAACUUGGUUUCCUCAUACCUUCAAUGUGUCCUUUCUGUCAAAGGGGAUCUUACACUGCCAAACAUUCCCUUAUAGAUUGCCAUAUGAUCAAAGGGGUUUGGCAUCAUUUCUCAGCCUGUGUUGGAAUCUUACACCAGGACUCCUCAAGUAUUAACCAACACUUCAUGAACUGGUGGCUUAGAGGAAACAAUAACAUUUAUGGUUUCCUAAGAAAGCACUUGCCUGGAAUCAUUUCAUGGAACAUUUGGAAAGCUCUUAACUCACUCCUCUAUGAGGACAUGAACAGUUUCAAUCCCUCCAAGCUUAUUGAUUCCAUUUCUAGGUAUACAAGGAACUGGCUCCAAAUGAAAUUGCCUAAACAACUUAGAGUCUUUGAUGCUUGGCUUAUAGGCACAAACUUACUGCCUAAAUUCCAAUCCAAUCCUUCCAUUCGAUUGGUCAAGUGGCUAGCACCUCCUAAGGGCAGGCUCAAACUUAAUGUGGAUGCGUCUUUCACCCAUAAUGCUAAGCAAGGAGCAGCUAUUCUUAGAGAUGACCAGGGAAGAUUCGUUGGUGCCGCCUCUUUCCAAGUUACAGGUGAAUCACCCUACCAAGCUGAAGUGGAUGCAGCCAUCAAAGGAAUAACAUGGGCGCUCAAGUUUAAUAAACUUCUUGUUAAGGCAGCAGCUCUGGAACGUACACAAGAACAAUCAAAUGAGGAAAGCAUGGAUGGUAUGACUGCACAAAAUGCUAGGUAUGUAGGAAAUACAAUCAACUUGGAUGAAUUCCCGGUACUCACAAAACAGAAUAUUGAGGAGGAUAUACACAUUCCAACCGAGAAUAUGGAGGUGGUUGUACACACUCCAACCGAGAUAGAGAAGGAAGACACAACAGGGACUCCAACUCUAAUCGAUGAAGAUACAACAAAGGAAAACACAACACCAAACAACUCAGAUGUUAACCCUGCCAACAUUGGACCGAUCCUCCACUCUUUUGAGCAUGAAGGUCAACUUUAUGAAAUUAGGUCUCACAUUGAGGAAGGGCAAACGUCAAACCACAAUGAUGAAAACCACACAACUCAUGAAUUCCAAGAAGUCCAGAAUAGAAGAAGUAAAAAAAAGCAAGCGAUGCCGAGGACCAUCAAAAUCAGAAGCUAUGAUCUUAACCUCGAAGUUGGCACUAUGAGCGAGAUCACGAGAUACUGGCCAAGUCGCAAAUCUACUACUAUGGAGAAAAUAGUUACUACAAAAACUUAUUCUGGACCCUUUUUCAUCUUGAUAAGAGCUUCUUCACUGCCUACCGCCCACCGCCCCAUGAUAAGAGCUUCUUCACUGCCUACCUCUUAUAUUUUCGUUCUCCGGUGUUCCGAUAUGUCUUUGUUCUUCAAUUUCCAGUGGCACUUCGAUCAUAGACAUCUGCAGACGUCAUCUAAAGAGUGAUCAAAGUAGGUAAAGUCAUCAUGCAUGCAACUAUAAUCCGUUGUUUCUAAACAUGUUGGAAGGAAUGAGCAAGUAGGUAAAAUCAUACAUCUAUUAAUCCAUUUGUACGACUGUACGCUGUGUUCUGUUUAUGUAACACCCUAAUCCGUCCAGGUCUGCAGCCCCUUUCGGACUAAAGUAUUAACUUGGUAAUCGUAAAAUUUAAAACUUUUCAAACACUUUUAUUUAUCAUAAACAGUACAGAGUUUU